UUUUUUUUAAACCUUCUUGACUUUACACUUUUGGUGUGGAGAGCCCAGAGGGAGACUCAGGCCUCUGAGGUCCUGACUGGCAGCUCCAAAGUCCUGGGGGGCCGGGCACAGUGAGCGCUCUCCCCCUGAUGUCCAUUCCACAGCGUGGGGACAUCUGAAAGGUCCCUGUGGGAGACGGGAUAAAGGGAAAUUUCCUCAAAGCAUCCCAGGCUGGCUCUGGACUGGCAGCUGGUUCCCAGUCAGGACGAGGCAGUGGAAAAGGCCUUGGACUCACUUUGCAGCUGUUCCCAAGUGGUUGGCUGAGGUUGGGGCUCACUGACCUCCAGGGCCAGCCCUGUGCAUGGCAUUUGAGGAGCUCCUGGAGCGAGUUGGGGGUGCGGGGCUCUUCCAGACCCUGCAGGUCACCACCCUCCUCCUCCCGGCCAUUUUCACCCCUUUUCAGCUGCUUUUGGAGAACUUCUCAGCUGCUGUCCCAGACCACCGCUGCUGGACCCGAGAGCUGGACAAUGGCUCUGCUAUCCCUUCAGACUUUACCCAGGAGGCCCUCCUGGCUGUGUCCAUCCCGCUGGGCCCCGACCAGCAGCCCCACCCGUGCCGCCGCUUCCGCCAACCACAGUGGCAGCUCCUGGACCCCAACGCCACGGCCACCAACUGGAGUGAGGCUGCCACGGAGCCGUGCGUGGACGGCUGGGUGUAUGACCACAGCACCUUCGCCGCCACUGUGGUGACCAAGUGGGACCUGGUGUGUGACUCACAGGGCCUGAAGCCCAUGGGACAGUCCCUCUACAUGGCCGGCAUCCUAGUGGGGUCCUUCGUCUGGGGCCUCCUGUCCUACCGGCUUGGGCGGAAACCAAUGCUGAGCUGGUGCUGCCUGCAGGUGGCCGUAGCUGGUGCCGGGGCCACCUUUGCCCCGAAUUUCCUCAUCUACUGCAGCCUCCGGUUCCUGAGUGCCUUUGGACACGCUGGCAUCAUCAUAGUGCUGUCAACGCUGAUGGCAGAGUGGACCACGACCCGCAGGAGGGCUGUCACCAUGACGAUACUGGGAUGCACCUACAGCACUGGCCAGAUGGCUGUGGCAGGCCUGGCCUUCAUCCUGCGGGACUGGCAGGAUCUCCAGCUGGCCGUGUCCGUGCCUUUCCUGGCCUUCUGCUUCAUAUCUUGGUGGCUGCCUGAAUCUGCCCGAUGGCUGAUCAUCACAGGCCGACCAGACAAAGCACUGCGGGAACUCAAAAAGGUGGCCAGGAUAAAUGGCCACCAGGAGGCCAAAAAGACACUGACCAUACAGGUGCUGAUGUCCAGCAUAGAGGAGGAGGCGGUCUCCUCGAGGACGCACCACUCAGUGCUGGACCUGUUUCGCAUACCCAUGCUCCGCAGGACAACCUGGACCAUGCUGAUGGUGAACUUCUCUGUGCAGCUGUCCUACUAUGGGCUGGUCCUGGACCUGCAGAGCCUGGGCAGGGACAUCUUCCUCCUGCAGGCCCUCUUUGGGGCCAUGGACUUCCUGGGCCGGGCCACCACUGUCCUGUUGUUCAGGCUCCUCGGUCGCCGCAUGACCCAGGCUAGCUCCCUGGCCCUGGCUGGCUUCUGCAUCCUGGCCAAUGGGCUGGUGCCUCAAGAUCUGCAGAGCCUGCGCGUGGCCCUCGCCGUGCUGGGGAAAGGAUGUUUUGGCAUCAGCCUGACCUGCCUGACCAUAUACAGGGUGGAGCUCUUCCCCACGCCUCUGCGGAUGACUGCCGAAGGCUUCCUGCAGUCGGUCGGCCGCCUGGGGGCGAUGGUGGGCCCCCUGAUCCGGAUGGCCCGCCAGGCCCUGCCUUUGCUGCCUCCACUGACCUACAGUAUCAUCCCUGUGGCCUCCAGUCUGCUUCUCCUGCUUUUCCUCCCGGACACCCAGGGACUUCCACUGCCGGACACCAUCUGGGACCUGCAGGGCAGGAGAUCUGCUGUGCCUGGGGGCCACCGGCAAGAGGCGGUCAUUGUGGAAAGCACCUGGCUCUAGGAGUUUUGCCUGCUCUGAGUUCCUUUGACCAAAACACUGGAUGAAGAAGUCACCUCUUCUCCAAUCUGAGGGUUCCAGACAAUCGGGCAGCCCCGGGGCUGGGGGCAGGGUGGGGCAGGCAACCAAGCUGUCUCUUCAAGGUGGUGAGGGGGCGCCUGCUGAUCACCCCUGUUCUCCUGUCUCUGGCUACCCUCUCCAACCUGCCUCAGCCCUAAUAGGAGCCUGUUGUCAGGUGGCCACGGCUGCCCUGGUUGCCCUGGAUUAGUUUCACCAACAACACGGGUCCUCGCCCUGCCUGCUGGCACUCAGCCACCCCAGGUGAAGCAGGAGUUCCAGUCUCACUGCCCCGCUCACAGAGCUCCCACUGUAAACAGAAAAUGUUCCCCAAGCCUCGUCCCAGGGUGACUAUCCGAGCUCACUGAUCUUGCAACAGGCUGCAGUUCAGCACGUGGAGCUGUUAGCAGAGUGACCUGGUACGGGUGUCCAGGUUGUGCCUGCCCCAAGGCACCCAGCUAGGGAGGUGUGUGGCGUCUGGCAUCCAGCCCAGUCUCCCUGGCCCAGCCACCUGCCAUACAGGGGCUUUCUUAUCCUCUGUAAGAAAGGAGCUGUGUUAGUUACCAGUGCAUGAGAACCUUCCUGACCUGGGCUCCAAGGAUGCCACACACAUGGCCCGGCCUGGACAGAUGACAUUGGCAGUGGUUGGUCACAUAUACUCGUGGUUCAAAGAGGAUAACACUGUGUAGGGACAUAUGGGGCUGCCCUGGGAGCAGAGACCCCCCCGGGGGUGGGCGAUGCCUGGCUCUUGCAGGCUGGUGUGUGUGGCAGGAAGUGGAAGCCCGGGCUGGGGAUUUAGCUCAGUGGCAUAAGCGCCUGCCUUGCAAGCAGGCAGUCGUGAGUUCGAUCCCCGGUACCGAUAAAAAGGACAAAGACAAAAAAAAAAAAAAAAUGGAAGUGGAAGCCCGCUAGGGUAAGGGUGGGAGGAGUGGCCUUUCAUUCUCUGCUUUCCGAAGGAAACUUUCUCACCUCCAGUGCUACCAGGUUAACUCCCCUCUGCAUAGUUUCCAGGUACAUCUAUUCCCCCUUUGCUAUGGCUGUCACCGGAAGUGUCCAGACUGAUUCCUGAUACCUGUAUUGUCCUCCACAACAGCAACCAUGUUUAUACAGAAACAUAAUUCAAGCCAAACCCCCUCUUUGUUUAAAACCUUCCAGAGCUCAUAAUAAAAUCGCUCUUCUCCCCAGCAAAA